UUUUGAAGGGCUUUGUUUAUUCUCCACGGCAGAGGACGCUGGCUAGGCUGGUUUUAACUUUUAACGAUUCAAUUCGAGAAACCCUAUUUCAUCUUUCUCCCCACAUCUCAGAUUUCGAACUAACAUCCGGAGACAUUAUCACUUUCAGUAGCACCUCGAUUUCUCAGAUUUAGCCGGAGAACCGAAGAUGACUAUUGAAGACGUUGAGAUGAAAGAGCAGCAACCGGCCCUUUCGAACUCCGUGCCCACCGCUGCCCCCUCUGUUUUUCAAAAUCUGAAGGACAUCGCUUCACUUAUUGAGACUGGAGCAUAUUCUCGCGAGGUAAGGAGGAUUUCUAGGGCGGUGAGGUCAACCAUGGCAUUGAGGGAGAAGCUUAAGGCUUCUACACUGUCUUCUUUCCUCAAUUUUAUACUUGCACCUGAAUCCGAUGUGCAUACGCGCCUAUCUUCCUACCUGCCCAAGGAGGAGGAGCAAGAUAUGGAAGUUGAUACUGCAACUUCAGCAACUCAAACCCCUGCAAAACACACUGUGCCAGAACUUGAGAUAUAUUGUUACUUACUGGUUGUUAUCUUUCUUAUUGAUCAAAAGAAGUACAAUGAGGCUAAGUCUUGUUCUUCAGCAAGCAUUGCUCGCCUAAAAACUUUGAACAGGAGGACAGUUGAUGUUCUAGCUUCUAGGCUCUACUACUACUACUCUUUGAGCUAUGAACUUACCGGUGAUCUUGCUGAGAUUAGAGGUGAUCUCCUUUCUUUGCACCGGAUUGCAACAUUGCGCCAUGAUGAGCUGGGCCAGGAAACAAUCCUUAACCUGUUACUUAGGAACUACCUGCACUACAACCUGUAUGAUCAAGCAGAGAAGUUUAGAUCGAAAGCACCUCGGUUUGAGGCUCAUUCAAAUCAGCAGUUUUGUCGGUAUCUUUUCUAUCUUGGAAAGAUCAGAACUAUUCAGUUGGAAUACACUGAUGCUAAAGAGUCUCUCCUUCAAGCAGCUCGCAAAGCCCCCAUGGCAGCCCUUGGUUUCAGAGUUCAAUGCAACAAGUGGGCUGUUAUCGUGCGCUUAUUGCUCGGGGAGAUCCCUGAAAGGACUGUUUUCAUGCAGAAAGGAAUGGAGAAAGCUUUGAGGCCAUACUUUGAGUUAACUAAUGCUGUCCGCAUUGGAGAUUUGGAGUUGUUUAGGUCAGUAGCUGAGAAGUUCUCAUCCACUUUUAGCAUGGACAGGACCAACAAUCUGAUUGUCAGGCUCCGACACAAUGUCAUUCGUACAGGGUUACGCAACAUCAGCAUUGCGUACUCGAGAAUCUCAUUAGCUGACGUGGCAAAGAAGCUAAGGUUGGAUUCUGCAAACCCUAUCGCUGAUGCGGAGUGCAUAGUGGCCAAAGCUAUUCGCGACGGGGCGAUAGAUGCCACAUUGGAUCACACUAAUGGGUAUAUGGUGUCCAAGGAGACAGGGGAUGUAUACUCCACGAAUGAGCCUCAGAUGGCUUUCAACUCCAGAAUUUCGUUCUGUCUUAACAUGCACAAUGAGGCAGUUCGUGCCCUUCGGUUCCCUCCUAAUUCCCACAAGGAGAAAGAGAGUGCGGAGAAAAGGAGAGAGAGACAGCAGCAAGAACAAGAACUUGCCAAGCACAUUGCUGAGGAGGAUGAUGAUGACUUUUGAAGAAGAGAGUUUGCUUGACUGCUUCUUUAGUGUACCAACACCUGCAAUGUGUCUGCAUCUUUUUCUAUUAUUUCAUCGUCAUACAUAUCCCUAUAUCAACAUCAGACUAAGAAGGGUGGUCUUUGCUUGUGUAUUGAAGUGUUACUUGUCGCACUAAGAAUUGAUUCUUUUGAUUUUUCUUUGCUUAUCUUUUACUGCGUAACCAGUCAUAUUGGUUUUAUUUUUGCAAAUCUUGGACAAAUACCGGGCCUGCACUUUUUGCCCUUAGAUUUUUACCGUUAUUUUGCUUUUGGGCUGUUUUUCAGGCUCAGACCAAACUUAAAUAGAACAGAUCAGACUGUUUAUUUAAAUAGAUUAUGUCACUCCUUCCGUGCCUUGAAGCUUUGCCAAGUUUGACCGGCACGAGGAUUAAUAAAGUAAAAAUAUUGUGGUUG